AUGGCUACCAACGGCGAUUUCUCCGACGAGGACUCCCAACCGGGUUCGCCCCUCUUGGGCAACGAGCACGAAGACGACAUUGAAGAGCAAGAGCCUCUCGACCAGGAGGAGGAUACUCAAGGGAAGCCUUUGAAGUCCGCCUUGAAAAAUAAGGAUGCAGAACCACUAGUCCCGCAAAUCAAGCGCCCAGAGCUCCCUGAGCAGCCCGAUCCGAACACGGUUGACUUCAGCACAUUCACACCUCUUACCCCCGAGAUUAUUGCCCGUCAGGCUACCAUCAAUAUUGGAACCAUCGGUCACGUCGCUCACGGUAAAUCGACUGUGGUCAAGGCUAUCUCAGAAGUGCACACAAUUCGUUUCAAGAACGAGCAGGAACGAAACAUUACCAUUAAGCUGGGUUAUGCCAACGCAAAGAUUUACAAGUGUGACAACCCUGAGUGCCCCAGACCUACCUGCUACAAGAGCUACAAGAGUGAAAAAGAGGUAGACCCACCGUGUGAGCGAGAUGGCUGCAGUGGCACGUAUCGCUUGAUGCGACAUGUUUCCUUCGUUGAUUGCCCCGGUCACGAUAUUCUCAUGAGUACUAUGUUAUCGGGUGCCGCCGUCAUGGACGCAGCUCUUCUUCUCAUUGCCGGAAACGAAACAUGCCCCCAGCCUCAGACUUCAGAGCAUUUGGCUGCCAUUGAAAUCAUGAAACUGAGUCACAUCAUUAUCCUUCAAAACAAGGUUGAUUUGAUGCGUGAGGAAGGUGCUUUAUCACACUACCAGUCGAUUCUGAAGUUCAUUCGAGGCACAGUAGCCGACGGAUCACCAAUCAUCCCGAUCUCAGCUCAGCUGAAAUACAACAUUGAUGCCGUCAACGAGCAUCUUGUGUCUCACAUUCCAGUUCCAGUUCGUGACUUUACUGCCGCGCCUCACAUGAUUAUCAUCCGUUCCUUUGAUGUCAACAAGCCCGGUGCUGGAAUUGAUGAUCUCAAGGGUGGUGUUGCCGGUGGCUCAAUCUUGACCGGUGUUCUCAAGGUGGAUGAUGAAAUUGAAAUCAGACCUGGUAUUGUUACCAGGGACGAGAAUGGAAAGGUUCAGUGCCGUCCCAUUUUCUCCAAGGUCGUUUCUCUUUUUGCAGAACACAACGACCUGAAAUUCGCCGUCCCUGGUGGUCUGAUUGGUGUUGGAACUCGCGUGGACCCUACACUUUGCCGUGCUGAUCGUUUGCUCGGUUUUGUCCUGGGUCUGCGCGGCCGGUUGCCUGCUAUCUACACUGAAAUUGAAGUCAACUACUUCUUGCUUCGCCGUCUGCUUGGUGUCAAGUCAGCCGACGGCAAGCAAGCGAAGGUUGCUAAGCUCUCCAAGAACGAAGUCCUCAUGGUCAACAUCGGAUCCACAGCCACAGGUGCCAAGGUCAUGGGUGUCAAAGCCGAUGCUGCCAAGCUUGUCCUUACGAAUCCCGCUUGUACCGAAAUUGGUGAGAAGAUUGCUAUCAGUCGUCGUAUCGAAAAGCAUUGGCGAUUGAUCGGUUGGGCCAAUAUUGUUGCUGGAAAUACCUUGGAGCCAGUCCAGGAUUAA